CUGAUCUGCGCGGAAAGCGUGGAACAGUCGUACUGAGCUCUCUCCAAGACAAUUGGCAGCAGCAGCAGCGAUGGUGCUCACAAGCCUCCUGCGAAAUCUUGCUGCGAGACCGCGCACGGUCUCCGUGGCCCGGCUCAGACCGUUACAUACCCUGCGACGCGUGCUGCAGCCCCCAGCUAGCCCCCAGAGUCCCCGCACGCCGUCCGCACCGUCGUUCGCCCGCAGACGCUGGGCCACUUCCACCACCCCUCAUUCUACGGCUUCCGAUCCCGCAGAGGCGGAGGCUCUGCAAUGUCUCGAACAAGGCACCCAGAAGCUCGAAGAGGGUGACGUUCAGGCAGCCAAGGACCUCUAUAGGCGGAGCGUGGAGAUUAAACGCACCGCCAGCGCACUAUUCAACCUCGGAGUGACACAUUACCACCUCAAGGAGUUUGAGGAAGCUAUUUCUGCCUGGAAAGACUCUAUUGCUCUUCAGCCGAACAGCCCAGAUGCGCAUACUAACCUUGCCAGCGCGUAUAUCAUCUCGCCUGUCAGUAGGCCCGACCUAGCGCUGCAGCAUCUGCGCAUUGCCUCUUCCUUGGCCCCCGAGGACGCGGAAAUUGCGUUCAAUCUGGCGGCCGUCUUGGAGGCCUGCGGCCAAUUGGAGGAGGCUCUCGCUCAGUACAAGCGUAGCAAAGAGUACGGCGUGGAGCGUGCUGCGAUGCACAUCCGGAACGUCAGCGCCAAGAUCCUCGGUCAGAGGAUGAAGACAGCGGAAGACUCAGGCAAGAAGUCUGAUUCAUAAGCUCACGCUUAUCCGCCCGCGAUAGCGCAAUUACCGGGUGUACCGGGCACACAUGGAAAGUUCGUGUACGGCAGAGCCUGCCACAUCCGCAUGUUUAUUGUUUUUCUGCCGUGCUAACCUAUGAUGCGCCUGCAACCACGCUGCAGUUCCUUCGGCAGAGAGCCGUCCACUUCAUCAGUGUGAUUUUACGUCAGGAACUGUUUUGACUCCUGUAGGUAGCGUCACCCUGUAGGCGUUUACUGUCGGAUUUGUCAGCUUGCCACAACCCAUCCCACAGAAUCGUACUCACCUGAGGUCUGCGCCAAUUGGCGUCAUAGCUAGUGCUUCUCAUGUGUAGAUAAGCAUAGCAUCACAUAAUAUAUGUCUCUGUUCUCACCCAUGAUCUUUGUCCGCGCUCUGCCAAGGAGGCUGCGGCGGUGAAAACCACGGCCCACGUCCCCUGGUAUGAGAGCCUCUCCUUAGUGAAAGGCCUCGCGGCGCAUGCCCACCUUCCUCAUGGCCUCUCUGGUUACCGUAGGUCCCGCGAUAACCCCCACGCCCUCCUCGACCUGAGGUCUCCACAGGUCUCCACGCAGAGGGUGAGAUCCGCGGUGUUUGUUGAAGACGGGUCAGAAUGCCGGACACAUCUGCCGCCGAGUACCCAUGUGGAGGCUGGUUAUCGAUGUGCAGCGACAGCAUCUGGUCAUAGCCCUCUCGAGGCUCCGGGGGUUGGUAUUGCGUUCUAAAGCGCCGCAGGAUAGAGAGACCCAGCUCGGGCGAGGUGAUUGUGGGAUGUGAGGUUCCUGAAGGAAUAUCACGUCGGGGAGUCAAAUGACCAAAAUAAAGCAACAUACUAGACAUGAGACGUUGCUCGCAGACCUGUGAACAGCGAGAGUGAG